AUGCUUUUCCCGCCUGCUACUGUUACAGCGAUCAGCUUCACUUUUGCUCUCUCAGUGGCAUCUGCAGCAGCCUUGACGAUCACAGUGGAUGAUUCCUCGAUCGGUUAUUUUAUUUAUGGCCCAACCCAGGAUGUUUGGCUCACACGUAGGCACGAUGACCCUGCUUCUGCUCGUCACUACAGGGGAACAGAUCACUUCAGCGUAACCAAAGGAGCCUUCGUAGAGUUUUAUACCAAUGCGCAAACUAUCCAGUACAUAGGACUUCCACCUUCCAAGCAAUCUCGAAUUCAAAUUGAAAUCGACGGUGCUGUUUAUACCAAGUCAUUACUGGGUACACCAGGCGAUAGCUACGUCGAUGAGCCUCAGGUCCUAUUCACCGAAACAUUGUCGGGCAACAAGCCACUACACUUGAUACGAAUCACCAAUGUUGACGCUCCGGAGUUACACCUCGAUGCUGUCAGGGAGAUCUUUCAAAGUUCCGAAGGAGUUCGCCCCUCCGGCGAAAGCAGUGCCUCCGAAAGAGACCAAACACCAAGGAAAUCAAAUAUUUUGGCGGAUGAACAGGCUCGCAUGUCUAGCUGA